UGUUGUUUUUUUUUCCCCUCAGAGUCCAGUGUAUUACUCUCUUAAAUGCCAGUUUGAUUUCCUCUUAUGAUAAGGUUUAAAAAAAAAAAAAUGUGAUCUGAAUGUGACUCGCUUCAGACAACUCUAAUGCUUGACUGCAUCUUUUGUGUAAUUGUCAUCCAGGAAACGCAGAGGGUCGGACUCCUAAGGAGAGUCAAUUUAUCCUCUGGCCAAAUGCGGUCUGGAUGGAAGGGACGAGGGGCUCUAAAGCAGAGCUGAACCGGAAUGAAUGCGAAAGGGAGGCAGUAAUAGACGGCCGCGUAGGUGGGACUGCGGUGGAGCUGUGAAAGAGAGUUUCCCCUAACUGAGUCAGCGCUGGGUUUCUGAGGCGACAGUUCAAUGGACGGUCGCCCUUAACAAACGACCCCCCCCAAAACCACAAAACCCCUCCUGAGCCUGAAGCAAAAAGUAACGUCUGAAAGUCAGCCGGGGGAGCGUAAAAUCACAGCGAACAUCGGUCCACGGUCCGUAUUUCUGGGGCCGUGCCCAUUGUCCCAUCUUUUCUAGAAGAGCUUUUUGGAUGCAGAGCCUUUGCCGUGUGGUGGUGGUGACGGGGAAGGGGGAGCGAUGCUCUUGCUUUUGGGGUACUCAGCGCACAGCUGUAGAGCUAACACACGGAAAACGCGCGGUUUGCCCUGGCUCAAACUUGACUGUCCAAAACAAAACUCGGUUCUUUUCCUUCCACGAAAGUAGUAGAUUAAGAAUGGUCCCCGUAAUGACUCUUUUGAAGUCUAGCUCCGAAACCGAGGGGUUACAUAAAGCCGAGGGGACCUCGAUUUUCAACUUGUUGAAAUUUGACCUGAAAAAACGUUGCUGCUGUCUCUUAAGUGGUCGAAUGAAGUUACUUGACUUUACCUGUUCCUCGUCAGUGACUAGUUUCUGCAAAUGUGGUGCUAAUGGAAUAUUUCCUGAUAUUUUAAUUUUUUUUUUUUUUAACGUUGUCUUUGUUGGUGCUAAACUGAGCUUGUUGUUAAUGACACCGAGGUUGAACUACUGCAUGAUUAGCGCAUAAGAAAUUUUGGUAAUUCUUUGCAUCUGGAUUUUUUAAUCACUGUAAAAGCGCGCUUUCAUUGUGGUUUCCUUUUAUGCUUGCUGUACGCAUGUUUUCACUUGUUCUCAAGUCUUUAUUUUCAAAGUUUUCAGUUGAGGGUAAGUAGAGAUGAGUUUUUCCCCCCCUCCCUCUAUAGGCUCUUCAGAGCAAACCGAUCAAGCUUACCAAAGCAGCUCUUCUCAGGCAAUUUGUAACGUACGACCCGAAUUCUGACCUAACCCGGGAGGGGGGAGAUUAAAAAGGGGGAAGGGGCGGGUCUCACAAAGAGGAAAGAAAUAACGUUUCCGCCAUAGCUUUGGGAGAGGUGUUUUCCUCGGGCCUUCAGCGACAGCGUCAGCGCCGUGGGCUAACGUAUGCCAGAAUUAGGCUUACGGUGCAGCAUUUGCAGUUACUGUAAAGGCUUAAAAAAAGCGAGCGUAACGAACCUUCUCUUCAUUGUGACUCUUCUGGCCGGUCUUGGAAUGCUAAAUGUUGUGCACACAUUAACGCUCGUUUCUCUGAACCCUGUUAUUUUAUACAGCCGUAAGUUACAUUGCAUGACCUUCUGACUGGUUUUAUGUUGUCGUUUCUGUUCUUUUUAAUGCCUGCGUGUGGGGGGCAAAGGAGGGGAGGAGAGGGUGGCCCGUACGCGAGAGCAUCUCGCCCCUCGGCUAACUUGUACGCAAAUUGCCUGAGAAACGCUGUAGAAUGGCGUUCCACGAGUGGGGUUUAGCUCUUGUAGCUGGGUUCUCUUUUUUAACUCAAUCUCAAAUAAUAGGGCUCUGGUUAUUUUGCAGAGUGUCUCUGAAGAAUGGACAGAAUUGCCAUGGCUAACUACAAGCUACAGUUCACAGUGGACAAACGUUGUAGUUUUCUUAUUUACUUUUAUAAAUAUUUUUUUUGCUUUUGCUUUUUUAUAUCUUGUAGUUUCCAAUCAGUCCUGUAUGAUUGCUGUUGUACAAAUGCAGUUUAAAUGAUGUGUAAUAUGUAGUUUAAGACGUGAAUGUUUCGGUGUUUUCUUUUCUUCAAUAAUUUCUGAAAAUGUCAAUCUCUCAAAAUUUACAGCUGCCCACAGUCCAAAAAGGGGGUAACGAAUUGACCUGAGAAAAUUAAAGAAUUCAGUUAACAGGCGACAGACGCGCGUGUGGUUAAGGACAUGGCGACGGGAAAAUCUAAAGGAUACGGCUUCGUUUCCUUCUUCAAUAAAUGGGACGCAGAGAAUGCGAUUCAGCAGAUGGGCGGUCAGUGGCUCGGUGGAAGGCAAAUCAGAACGAACUGGGCGACAAGAAAACCUCCGGCUCCAAAGAGUACAUACGAAUCAAACGCCAAACAACUGUCUUAUGACGACGUGGUCAAUCAGUCCAGCCCGAGCAACUGCACCGUGUACUGUGGAGGUGUUACUUCAGGACUGACAGAACAGCUAAUGCGCCAGACCUUUUCUCCCUUCGGGCAGAUCAUGGAAAUUCGCGUCUUCCCGGAUAAAGGCUACUCCUUCGUACGGUUUAAUUCUCACGAGAGCGCGGCGCAUGCCAUCGUUUCCGUCAACGGAACGACUAUAGAAGGACACGUAGUGAAGUGCUACUGGGGCAAGGAGACGCCAGACAUGAUCAGUCCGGUCCAGCAGAACCAGAUCGGCUACCCGCCGGCGUACGGGCAGUGGGGCCAGUGGUACGGCAAUGCCCAGAUCGGCCAGUACGUGCCCAACGGCUGGCAGGUCCCCGCCUACGGGAUGUACGGGCAAGCGUGGAAUCAGCAGGGCUUUAAUCAGACUCAGUCUUCGGCGGCGUGGAUGGGCGCCAACUACGGCGUGCAGCCGCCGCAGGGGCAGAACGGGAGCGUGAUAACCAACCAAACGGGAUACCGCGUGGCGGGCUUCGAAACGCCCUGAGGAGGAGAGGACUCUGCAAGCGGCGGGCUGGAGCCGUUGUCGACCGGCAAGAUUUAUCAGAUCAAGCGUCGGAUGCGAUGUAUUUAUUUGAGAGGGAGAGAGAAACGAGGCGGGGAGGGGGGGGGAAGCAUUUUUAAUCAUGAAAUUGUCAUCCGCAUUGUUUAAAAAAAAAAAAAGAAAAAAAAAGAAACAACAAAAAAAAAAAACAAAACACAAAACAAAAAUCACACGAAAUGAGAUGCUGGAUGUCUGCCAACUUUUGCCUUCCUUUUCCUCCUUUAUGUGUUUCUUAAGAUCCACGUUUUUGAAACACAGCAAAUGCAGGGACUACUGCCGCUGAAAAACGGGGGCAGCAAAUUGCACAAUGUCAAACCUUUUUUGUUUUUCUUUUCUUUCCUCGGAAGACGCGUGCCGUUCUAGUUUGCAUUCCGAACGAUUUAAAAUGUAUUAUAAACCGUUGUACAAAAAAAAAAAAAAAAAAAAAGAAAAAAAAAUAAGAAGCCAAAAGCGUGUGAAUCCUGAAGCCGCCGCGUUUCAGCCUUUGCACCCUCUGUUUUAAAAGAGCCUCUUGUAUAAAGCCUCCGUCUCCCCGCUUUUGUUACACCGGGUUUUUGCGACGAUAAAUUAUUAGUUUACAUCGGUUUUUUGUAUCUCAGCGUGUUUUUCAGGAUUGUCUUUGCCAUAUGACGGGGAAAGGGGGACGCCCGGCGGGACAGCGCCCGACCCUUCCCCCCCCCGCCUCGGGAGCGAGGAUUUCCACCCUGGGACAGCGAAAAUCCUGUUACUGACGUGUGACAAAUUCCUACGAACCGGCCGGGUUGUUGUGUCUUUUUGGGGGUUUUUUUUUUUGGUUGGUUUUUUUUUUUUUUUACCGAUUUCUACAUUUACAUGUACUGAUUAUGUAAAAUAUUUUAGCAAAUUAAUAUUUUGCACAACCGUUAGCCGCCUUUGUACGUUUCCUUAUUUAAAGGUGGGACGCCGAGUCCUUUGACACGA